UCAGCACGGCAGUAGGGAUGUUACUAGUGGGAAUAAGUUUGACUAAAAGUUCCCGCAUCCUCUACGUGCGUUUUCGGUAUGAGCAUCAUCUCUUAUUCAGAACUCUCUCAGCCAAGUCUCAUUUGAUCUCGAGCUGGUGAUCAUGUCGCAGGUGUGGCUCUGUCUGCUUCUUCUAGUCACUCUGUCACUUCAAAUACCUGAAGUCAACUUGAAGAACUCGCGUAAGGAUGCCCAGAAGAAACCAACGUCUAAUGGAGAUCCAGAGACGAUACUUCUGGAAGAUACUGUAAAUAAAAGUUCCUGCCAACCCCGGGAAACUUUAGUCAAGGUUUACGAUGAAUUUUCAGAACAGGAACAAUAUCAUUUCCGGCCUGAUUGUGUAUCAGUGAAACGGUGUUCGGGCUGCUGUUUAAAUGAGGAGACAAAGUGUAUGCCUGAACAUACCAGUACAGUUGAGUUUGAGGUAUGA